AUGGGAGAAAACACUACCAGCGAGGUCUUCGGUGCAUCUAGCAGCUACCUGGCUCUCAACCAUGCAGUGCCCACCAUUCCAACAUCUCAGCUUCCAUCUUCCCCCUCCAUUGAUCAGCCCUUUUCCGUUCCCGCUCGAGUCUCCUAUCCUGCCCGGUUACAAGUCAACUCUCUCACCAAUCAACAAGAGACACUCCUUUCUCUUCGUUUGGCUCUCGUCCGACUCGCAGUCGAGUGA